CCUGCCGGGCGGAACCACUUCCGGGCGGUGCGGCCUUCUGCAGAGGGGCGGUGUAUGAAUCAGGAUUAUCAGUUGGAGUUUGUCCUGAGAAGAUCCAGUAACCAAUCUUCUUGAGAUCCUUAGAGGAGGAGAGUGCUCUCACUAUGGCUGCUGAGCUGGAUUUCUCCCCACCUGAAAUCCCUGAGCCCACAUUCAUGGAGAACCUGCUACGUUAUGGACUCUUCUUUGGAGCCAUUUUCCAGCUGAUCUGUGUGCUAGCCAUAAUCCUGCCAGUUUCCAAGUCCCACAAGACAGACUCGGACAGUUUUGAGCAAAAGAAUUCAGAGCCAGUGAAAAAGCCAAAAGCAACUGCUCCACAGAUAAGCAAGAAACCCAAGAAGGAAACAAAAAAGAAACGAUAAAGCCCUCACCAAUGGGCCUCAAAAGAAACAAUAAACAACUAUAAUCCUGCUUCCUCAGAGAUGACAUCAAAGGCAACCAACUAUAUUAAAUGGUUUUCUGGCAUUGCCAUGCUUCACCUUUUGGAGACAAGGGAGAAGGAACUUGCAAGACUGUAAGGGACUGGGUUCUGCCAUAGAUUUCUUACAAGCAAAUAGGACUUCACAUAUCCAGGACUUCAUUUGACAUGAUUGGUGUGUCAGUCACCAUGAAAGUGACUUCUGUCAUUUCUAAUGGGUAGAGGGGCUGUUGCCUGAACUCCUCCACCCUGGCUGGGAUUUGUAGUAAAGUCUCUUGUGGAAGGUGGAGCAUGGGUUUGCUGCUUUGGAUACUGGUUUGUGUUGUAUUUUUUGAAGGCAAAGGGAUCAAAUGGAUCAAGGAUACCACACUACACAGCUUUGUAUUCAUCUCUGUUGUCAUCUAGUCUGAAAUACAUAGCUGCAUUUUCUGGCUUAAUAAUAAUGUCUUUGUCAUAUUCUUUAAUUCUUUAGGUAAUAACUCACUGAGUUCCAGACUGCUGUAGAUGAAAGCUUUCAUUUCCCCAGCGUCACUGCCUCUUUAUUACUCCCCACCCGUGAGCUUUUCCUUUCUGUUCCCACUCUUGAAAGCAGGUAUGUUUCAGGGAAUGACCACAAGGAUUGGGGAACACUUGGACUCUGGAAGGUGCAGAAUUUAAUGCCUGUGCUAACGAGGUGUUCCUGGAAACUUGGGAAGACCAGGUACCAUGUGCUGGGGAAAAGCUGCUCUGAGGCAGAAGCCUGGGCAUGCUGUGGUGGUUGUGUAUCCAACUGUAGUGUCUGGCUGGGCUGUGGGUGCAUCCUCCUAACCCUCUGCUGCAUUUCAACACAACUGGGGCUUCUUGCAUUUGCAGACUCCCUCCCAGCCCUACCUGUAGUCUGCUGUGUCUCCUCUUGCUGAAUUUAAAUAUGAUCUCAGCCUGAGGAGAUGUGGUAUUUUAAGAUGCAAGGGGUGGCAAGCUGUCUGUGUAGCAUGGUUGUGUGGCAAGAGACAUACAUGCUCUGUUCCUUCAGGCUCCAGCUCUCCAGCCCAAGGACAAUCUAGUAUUAGAUUUAAAUAUGGCGAGACAGGACUGGGGAGAGAUAGGUGGUGAUACAGCCACAGAGUCUCUGUCAGGCAGCUCCAGCUUCCUGAUGCCAGCUCACAUCUUGGUCUGUUUGAUCAGGAAUGAGUCAAUGGGAGGAGAACCUGCUCUUGCAGACGCACCCAGGGUUCAGAGCAGCUUUGAAGGAAAGGGUUCUCUGGCAGGGCUGUGAGUCUGCCAUCCUUUUUGCAUACACAGACUCCCAUCCUCAAUUUACCAGGUGCAGCAGCAGUGUUGUGCUGUGUGUUUAGGUGUUGAACACCCUUUACAGAAACUAUCAGUGCUGGGGAGAGCCACGUUCUCUGCUUGCUCCUGCUUUUGGUGGGUGAGACAGAUGAAUCCCAGUACCAGUUUGAUUCUAACCUCUCAGUGCUUCCCUGCUUCAGGCUCUCAGCUUCUCUUACCUGGAAUGCUGACACCAAAUUAGCUGCACUGCUCAAAAUCCAUCUUAGAGUUCUGCUUUAAAUUCAGCAUUUUCUUUUCUUUUUUUUUUUUUUUUUUAGCUACAUAAAGGCAACACUGGGAGGACAGAACAAAGCCUGGGAGAUAGAAGCACUCUAAAGUUGCUUUGAGUUUUCAGUACAAAGAAACGUUACAAAAGUUUCCCACACAAAUAACAAAGAGCAAUAUUGUGCUAUGAGUUUCCAUUACAGACCUGUAUUUCUGUCUGUGAUAUGCAAGGGAAAGAAAAGUGUUACCAGUGUCCUGGAUAGGCACUGCAGAACACUUCUUCCAUUUUAAUAAAUGAGGAUGGUGGCUGUUUGAUCUAACAGCUCUGGCUUGCUGCAAGUUACCUAAAGACAGGGGGGUUAAUGCUUUAACAGAAUUUUAACUAUUGAAGGAGUAGCUCACAGUUUACCUGAAAUACAGAAGCCCUUCUACAGCUAAGACUGUGUAGCUGUUACCUGAAACAGCAGGUACCACAUUGACAUCUACAUCUGGCUAUUUGCAGGCUGUCUUACUCAUUGCUAAGUAGAAAUCAUGGAUAUUGGGGUUUGGUUUUGUUGGGGGGAAGAAGGAUUAAGAGACAUUCCUCAGUCUGUUCCUAAAUUUGAAUGCUGUUGUUAGCUGAACUUGUAGAAUGUUUUUAGAGAUUAAUCAUACCCUGUGUAUUUUAGUUUCUCUUGAAAUGUGUAAUAAAUACAAUCAGAAUUUCUUUGUUUAAAACAAAA